AAGAUCCCGGAAGAAACAAGAUCGGUAGUACGAGAGACUAGCUAGCUAGCACAACAAAGUGGGGGUGAGAUAGUAGAGCAUUUUGAAGUUAGAGAUAGAUCAUCCAGCUGCUCGAUCGAUCGGGCAUACACCGUGGUGAUCGACGGAAGUGCCUAGCUCAAUCUUACAGAUAGCUAGCUAGAGGUAGUGGCAAUGGAGGCGCUGAGCGGGCGCGUGGGAGUGAAGUGCGGGCGGUGGAACCCGACGGCGGAGCAGGUGAAGGUGCUGACGGAGCUGUUCCGGGCGGGGCUGCGGACGCCGAGCACGGAGCAGAUCCAGCGGAUCUCCACCCACCUCAGCGCCUUCGGCAAGGUGGAGAGCAAGAACGUCUUCUACUGGUUCCAGAACCACAAGGCCCGCGAGCGCCACCACCACAAGAAGCGCCGCCGCGUCGCCUCCUGCUCCCCCGACAGCAGCAGCAACGAGGAAGAGACCGGCCGUGCUGCUGGCCGCGACGCCGAGCCCGCCGACCUCGUGCUCCAGCCACCCGAGAGCAAGCGUGAGGCCAGAGGCUACAACCACCACCCCCGGAUCAUGACAUGCUAUGUGAGGGAGGUGGCGGAGCAGGAGGAGGCGACGACGUGGGAGCGGCCGACGAGGGAGGUGGAGACGCUGGAGCUGUUCCCGCUCAAAGCAGCCUGCUACGACCUGGAGCUGGAGGCGGACAGGUUCAGCCGAUACGUGAGGGGCGGCGAGCAGCAGUGCAGGGAGAUCUCCUUCUUCGACGUGGCCACCGGACGGGAUCCGCCGCUGGAGCUCAGGCUCUGCAGCUUCGAUCGGUAUCUGGUCUAGAUCAACGUCGCACGGACGCACGCAUGCAUGUAGCUGCUUGUAUCACCUGUCAGUCAGUCUACCUGACCAUGGAUGUCACACACGCAUCAUUGCCUAGUCCUCGAUUCUGGCUACUAUCGGCAUCAAAAGCUGUACGAGAAGGGAUACGGGCAUGUGUUAUAGACGCAAGAGGCACGACCGUAGCGUACGUAGUUGCUGGCAGAAUCUGAGAGGAUCAGAAAAGAGCUCGUAGAGAUUUCCAGUCCCUUUCCGUUGAUAUUUCAUCAUGAGAUGUACUGUUUCUUUUCUUCCUCCUUCCUUCCGGCCUGUUGCAUGGUCUACUAUAAUUAACCUGUGG